GAGGACGACCCAUCGGUCAGACAUCGUUCUCCUCUGCUGGCUUGCGGAGGUAGUUGUUGAUCGGAUUUAAGGCAUCGAAGGCUGAACUGAACGCGAUCAUGUUGAAAGAGCUGCUAUUGCUAGCGCUAACGGCGCUAUGCAUGUCGGAUGGAUACCAUCUCACUGGUAAGACGGCUGACAUGGACUUUCUUCACAAGCAGAAGAAGAUCUACGAGCUGAUGUUUUUCGUCAAGCAAAACGUUCUCACCGAUACGGAAUUCUACGAGAUUGGCCGCAAUUAUGACAUCGAGAGCAACAUUGACAUGUACAAGGACAAGCUGAUUGUCCAGGAGUUCUUGUACCUGUACAAACACGGUAUGCUUAGCCGCAAUGCCAUAUAUUCGCCAUAUUACGAGGAACAUCGUGAGGAGAUGAAGCUCCUCUUCAAGCUUUUCUACUACGCCAAGGACUUCCAGACCUUCUACAAAACCGCCGCUUGGGCGCGUCUUUACAUCAACGACGGAGUCUUUACGUCCGCCUUCACCAUCGCUGUCUUUUAUCGUCCCGACUGCAAGUACAUGAGACUACCGGCUCCUUACGAGAUCUAUCCUAAUCUAUACUUCGACAGCAAUGUCAUCCAGCAGGCUCACGACAUCAAGAUGACUCGUGGACUCGCCACUGCCAAUGUGGACAAUGUCGACAGCUAUAUGAUUUACGCCAAUUACUCCGGAAGCUUCGUCAAGCCCUAUUUCGACGACGAAUACAAAUUGGAUUACUUCAUAGAAGACUUUGCCUUGAACAGCUUCUACUACUACUUCCGCCAAGUCAUGCCGUUCUGGUUCGAUUUCAAGGAUUUCGACAUUCCGAAGGAUUUCCGUGGCUACUAUUACUACUUCUACCAUAGGCAACUGUUGGGCCGCUACUACCUGGAACGCAUCUCCAACGAUUUGGGUGACAUCGAGGACUUUGAUUGGAAUAAGCCUUUCUACCCCGGUUACUAUUCGACUCUGAUGUACCACAACGGAGUCGUCAUGCCUCAACGUUCUCGAUACAUGAAUGUGCCGUUCUAUAAAUACAAAUAUCUGAAGGAGAUCGAAGCCUUGGAAUUGCGCAUCAUGAAUGCUAUCGAUCUUGGCUACGUGUACGACAAGAACGGCAAGCAAAUCAACAUUUACACUUCCGAAGGUUUGAACGUCCUUGCAAAUCUGAUCGAGGGCAACGUGGAUUCAUGCAACCGACAUUUCUACGGAAUGUACGACGCUCUUGCUCGAGAUAUCCUCGGUUUCAACUUUGAUUACAAGAACAAGAACAAUGUCAUCCCUAGCUCUCUCCAAUGCUACAGCACUAGCAUGAGAGAUCCUGGAUUUUAUCGUUUAUACAAGAGGAUUAUGACGUACUUCUUCAGGUACAAAAAAUACAUGCCGUAUUACACUCAGAACGAACUGAUUUAUCCCGGUGUAAAGUUUGAGUCCGUCAACAUCGACAAGCUGACGACUUACUUCGACACUUGUGACACGUUUAUCAACAACGCCCUUUCCGUGGAGAGCUUCAAGGAGGGAAUGAAACUACGAGUGAAGGCUCGCCGUUAUUGCCUCAACUACAAACCAUUCACCUAUCGCUUCAACAUCAACAGCGACAAAGAAACCAAAGCCGUGCUCAAGAUCUUCCUCGGACCUGCCUUCGGCGAUGCUCACAAUGAGAAGGACAUAUCUUAUCUCCGCGAAUACUACAAAUAUUUCAUUGAGAUGGACAAAUUUGUCGUAACGCUGAGACAAGGCGCAAACACCAUCGAACGCCAUAGCUCCGACUCCGUCUAUACCAUGCCCGACAUGAUAUCCAGCGAUGUAUUCUACAAGAAAUUGGAGAAGGCCGUAGGAGGCAGCGAACCGUUCACCUACUACGAGAAGCUCUUUGCUUUCCCUGAACGUUUGACUCUGCCUAAGGGUAAACCCGAGGGUAUGCGAUUCAAGAUGUUCUUCUACCUGAGCCCAUUCGACGAGACCAAGGUCACGACCGUGGAAUUGCCGAUCUUUGGCAAAUUUUGGUUUGAUGGAAAAUCAUUUGGCUUCCCGCUUGACAGACCGAUGUACCCAUGGAAGUUCUUUACGCCAAAUAUGUUCUUCAAGGAUGUAUACAUCUAUCACACGAUAGAGAACGAAAAGUCGAUGCACUUUUAGACUGUCGACCUAUUCUAGUUUGUGCGAACCUUGAAAAAAACUUUCACGAUAAUUACCGUUUGGAAUUCUAUAUCACAUGAGUGAUACAAAUUAACAAGUUUUUUUUUCAAUAAAGAAUGCUGAAAAAUUA